AUGACCAGCCCAAACGACGAGUACGGAUCAGACGCCACCCUCGGGAAGGCCCCCUGGCGCAGCAGGAGUCGGGGCAGGGGUCGUAUCCCAGACUUCGCGGGUGAUACACAGACGACAUCGACCCGACAGGGCCAAGAGGCCGUAGCAGCAGCGGCGGCCUCCAUGGGAGAUCCACCACGAGAGUCUCGGUCCGCUUCGACCACGACCUCCACUCGGGUCCCGACUCCGGACUCGACAUCAGCCUCUCCCUCGACUCCAAACCCGAGGAUGGCCGCAGCCCGCAUGGAUUUCGCGCUUCGAGCAGAAGACCGCCGUGCCGCCGAAGAUGCCUACAACCGCUUCCUGAUAUACUUCGUCGCACCGACCUUUUUGAUGUCCAUGCUCCUCUCCGCGCCCGUCGUCAUGGUUGGCGUGUGGUUGCUUAUCCCGGUUUUGGCGGCCGCCGCCCUCCUCAGCCUGGCCGCCUGGCUGAAGGUUGCCGCCGACAGCAACGCCAGAAAAUGGCGAAGACAUUGGCGGAGAGAUAGAGAUGAGGAAGAUCCACCGGCCAACUGUAACAUGGCGAGGACUGUGGUCAAUGGUGAUGGUGAAUCGCCCAUGGUUAUUAACGGUCAGGGUGCAAGACCCAUGGAUAAGGGCAAAGGGAAAAUGCCCAUGGUCAACGGCAAUGGCUCACAUGAGCGUAUCUCUUGA